AAUUGAUACGAUAUCGAGCUUCUAGUUAUAUUGUGGAUUGAACACACCUUAUGUUAAUAUUCUGGUUUUUUUCAGCCGGUGUUUAAUUAAAAGAAAGUCGUGGUAAUUUCGCAAAAAUGACUGCUUUUGAAGAAUUUGGUGUCUUACCGGAAAUCGCUAAAGCUAUUGAAGACAUGGAGUGGACUCUGCCCACGGAUGUGCAAGCCGAGGCAAUACCUCUCAUUCUUGGUGGUGGUGAUGUACUUAUGGCAGCCGAAACUGGUUCUGGCAAAACUGGAGCUUUCUGUUUACCCAUCUUACAAAUUGUGUGGGAAACCUUACGCGAUCUCGAAGAGGGAAAAGUGAGCAAAACUGCUAGUGCUGGUGGUAGCAUUGCACCCUGGACAAUGUCCUUCUUUGAUCGCGGUGCUGCACUUGCUGUAACACCGGAUGGAAUGCGUUGUCAAUCUCGUGAGUUUAAGGAAUGGCACGGCUGCCGAGCAACAACUGGCGUACGUGGCAAAGGCCAAUUCUACUUUGAGACAACGGUCACAGACGAAGGUCUCUGUCGCGUGGGUUGGUCAACGCAACAAGCUAACCUGGAUCUCGGUACCUGUAAGAAUGGCUUCGGAUUUGGUGGCACCGGAAAGAAGUCAAACAACCGCCAGUUUGAUGAUUAUGGUGAAGCAUUUGGGAAAAGUGACGUUAUUGGUUGCUUUUUAGACCUACAGCGCUUAGAAGUGUCAUUUGCUAAGAAUGGUAAACACUUAGGUGUAGCAUUUCGCAUCCCGGAAAAUCUGCGAAACGAGACAUUUUAUCCAGCUGUUGUCUUAAAAAAUGCAGAAAUGUUAUUUAAUUUCGGAAAAUCUGAAUUUAAGUAUCCACCGAAGGACGGCUUCAUCGCUGUAUGUCAGGCAGGUACAGAGCGCUCCAAGGCUAACCCGCUCGCUAGUCCAGCGACAAAUGCUGCAGCUAAUAAGCCAGCACCGAAUGCACCUCAGGCAAUUAUUAUAGAGCCUAGUCGCGAAUUAGCGGAGCAAACUUAUAAUCAAAUUGAAAAGUUUCGUGUGCAUUUGAGCAACCCCGAUGUGCGUUCACUUCUGCUAAUUGGUGGGGUUAAGCUGGAACAACAGAAGAGCUCCCUACAACAAGGAGUGCAUAUUGUGGUGGGCACACCUGGCCGACUAGAAGAGAUGAUUAGCAGUGGUUUUGUUCAACUGACACACUGCAGAUUUUUUGUGCUGGACGAAGCUGAUGCUUUACUUAAGCAAGGAUAUACCGAUUUGAUUGAACGUCUUCACAAGCAAAUUCCGAAAAUUACAUCGGAUGGCCGGCGCCUGCAAAUGGUUGUCUGUUCUGCUACUCUACAUGCGUUUGAAGUUAAAAAGAUGGCAGAUCGUCUGAUGCACUUCCCCACUUGGGUAGAUCUUAAAGGCGAAGAUGCAGUACCAGAAACUGUGCAUCAUGUCGUUUGCAUGGUUGACCCACAAAAGGAUACCGCAUGGCACAAUAUUAGACAGCACAUACGCACCGAUGGUGUACAUGCACGCGACAAUGUUAAUCCACAGAAUCCCACGCCUGAGACACUCUCAGAAGCAGUCAAAAUACUUAAAGGCGAAUAUUGCAUAGGUGCGAUUGAGCAACAUAAAAUGGAUCGUGCAAUUAUUUUCUGCCGUACUAAGUUGGAUUGUGACAAUUUGGAAAAUUAUUUCAAGUCGCGUGGCGGCCAACGAUACUCUUGUGUUUGUUUACAUGGAGAUCGUAGGCCACAAGAGCGCAAGCAAAAUUUGGAAAUGUUUAAACGUGAACAAGUAAAAUUUCUUAUUUGUACAGAUGUAGCAGCAAGAGGUUUAGAUAUAACUGGCCUGCCAUUUAUGAUAAACGUAACAUUGCCUGAUGAGAAGUCAAAUUAUGUUCAUCGAAUUGGUCGUGUAGGUCGCGCUGAGCGUAUGGGUUUGGCUAUUAGCUUAGUAGCUUCUGUACCAGAAAAAGUUUGGUAUCACGGAGAAUGGUGCCCAACGCGCGGAAAGAAAUGCCAGAAUACAAACCUUACUGAUGUGCGUGGGUGCUGCAUUUGGUACAACGAAAUGAAUUUAUUAGGGGAAAUAGAGGAUCAUUUGAAUAUUACCAUUCAACAAGUUGAUAAAUCAUUGUCAGUACCCGUAAAUGAUUUCGAUGGCAAAGUUGUUUAUGGGCAAAAGAACUUAAAUACCGGCACUGGAUAUAAGGAUCAUGUGCAACAGUUGGGACCAGUUGUACGAAAACUAACUGAACUGGAGCUGCAGGCACAAUCUUUAUUCUUGAAGCGUUUAAAAUUUUAAAUAUACACAAAUGAUUCGCUAUGGAAGUUGUACAACGUACACACAACCCAUCUGGCUAACACUAUAAUACAUUAAUUAAUCGCAUUGCUUUUCAUUCAAACAAUGUGGGAACUAUUCGUUUUUUCAGACAUACAUUCAUACUUAAAAUGCAUAAUUACAAGCAUAAAUUAAAAUGGAAAUUGCUUACAGCUAA